AUGUCGCCAGGAGCUGAAAAUACAACACGUGAGGAUAGAUUGAUAUUUUUUAAAGAAAUGACGGAAGAUAAAUUUGUGGCAGCUUUGGAUGUUGGUACGACAACAUUAAGAUGUUGCAUAUUUAAUCAAAAAGCUCAACUUUGCGGAUCUGGAAUUGAUCAGAUAGAACUUCUUUAUCCUGAACCUGGAUUCGUAGAAAUCGAUCCUGAUAAGUUAUGGAUAUCUGUUCAAAGAGUAAUAAAGCUAUCUCUUCAAGAUGCCGGAUUAACUUCGAAUCAAAUAACAUCGUUGGGACUUUCCGUUCAGCGUUCAUCUUUUACAACAUGGAAUAAAAAAACAGGCACACCUUAUCAUAAUAUUAUUAUAUGGAAAGAUUUAAGAGCUAAUAAAAUAGUUAAAGAACUUAAUAAAUCUUUUUUAAUGAAGGGAAUGCGAGCCACGUCGAAAAUUUUAUAUGCUUUUACCAGAAGAAAAAGAUUUCUGGCAGGUAGUCAAAUGAAAGUCAUGAAUACUCAGGUAACCGCUAGACUGUUGUGGGUAUUGGAAAAUAUACCUUCUCUUAAAAAAUCCAUAGAAAAAAAUGAAGUUCAUUUUGGAACUUUGGAUACUUGGCUCAUAUAUAAAUUAACUGGUGGUGAACAACACGUGACAGACGUGUCCAAUGCAGCCUGCACUGGAUUUUUCGAUCCUUUCACAAUGGAUUGGGCCGAUUGGGCUUUUUAUAUUUUCGGUUUACCACGAACGAUAUUGCCUAAAAUAUUAGAUACUGCUGGAAAUUUCGGUUAUACUUCUUCAUAUUUAUUCGGUUCACCCAUUCCUAUUAGAAGCUGUGUAGCUGAUCAAUCUGCAUCACUUUUUGGUUCCUGUGGUUUUAAACGAGGUGAUUUUAAAAUUACUUUAGGUACGGGUAGUUUUGUAAAUAUAAACACGGGAAGUGAACCACACGCCUCUAUUACCGGUCUUUAUCCGAUUGUGGGAUGGCGAAUUAAUAAAGAAACUAUUUACAUGGCUGAAGGAGCAUCAAAUGACACGGGAACGACAAUAAAAUGGGCUCAAAAAAUAGGAAUUAUAAAAGAUCCAUCGGAAUCAAAUGAUAUUGCAAAUUCCGUUAAUGAUGCCAACGGUGUUUGUUUUAUACCAUCGUUCAGUGGAAUUCAAGCUCCGGUUAACGAUGGACUUGCUGCUGCCGGUUUUAUAGGUUUAAAACCGACAACGUCAAAAGGUCACAUGAUGAGAGCAAUUUUAGAAAGUAUAGUUUUUAGAAUUCAUCAACUUUUCGAAGUUGUCAAAAAAGAAAUCGGUUUAGAUUUUAAAUUAAUUAGGAUAGACGGUGGCGUUUCCAACAACAAUUUCAUAACGCAACUUAUAGCUGAUCUCACUCAAAUUCCAAUUGAAAGACCAUCAUCCACUGAAAUAUCCGUUUUAGGAGCUGCAUAUUUGGCUGGUUUGGCAAGCGGAGUUUGGAAUUCUAAAGAAGAAAUAAGUAGAUUAAGAACUGUAGAUCAAAUAUUUAUUCCGAGGCCUAACAUUAGAGAAGAAUAUAAAGAACAAAUAGAACUAUGGAAAAGUGCAAUUUCUAGGUUUUUAAAUUGGUAUCCGGAUGAAUACUGA